GAGGUCACACGGCAUCUUCCGACAUGGCGGCGGCGGCGCUGCGGGGUGGCUGGUGCCGCUGUCCGCGGAGAUGCCUCGGUGGUGGAGUCCAGUUUCUUACCAGCCACAACCUACCCCAUGGUUCAAUUUAUCAGAUACGCUGGCCAGGUGGAGAGCUGCCACUGUCCAAAUUAUAUUCUUCUGGAAACAGAAAAGGCUUUCUGUCUGGCUUGCUAGAUAAUAUCAAGCAAGAAUUAGCCAAAAACAAAGAAAUGAAAGAAAGCAUAAAAAAAUUCCGAGACGAGGCCAGGAAGCUGGAAGAGUCGGAUGCGCUCCAGGAAGCCAGAAGGAAAUACAAAACCAUCGAAUCGGAAACUGUGCGGACCAGUGAAGUGAUAAAGAAGAAAUUCGGGGAGCUAACCGGGACGGUGAAGGAGAGUCUUGACGAAGUCAGUAAAAGUGACCUCGGCCGGAAAAUCAAGGAAGGCAUGGAAGAAGCCGCCAAGACAGCCAAGCAGUCAGCCGAGUCAAUGUCCAAGGGAGGGGAGAAGCUGGGCAGGACCGCGGCCUUCAAAGCCCUCUCCCAGGGAGUGGAGACCGUGAAGAAGGAAAUUGACGAGAGUGUCCUGGGGCAGACCGGGCCCUACCGCAGACCCGAGAGACUCAGAAAGAGGACGGAGUUUGCUGGAGAGAAAUUCAAGGAAGAGAAAGUGUUUGAGCCUAACGAGGAGGCCCUGGGGGUCGUGCUGCACAAGGACUCCAAGUGGUACCAGCAAUGGAAAGACUUCAAGGAAAACAACGUGGUGUUUAAUCGGUUCUUUGAGAUGAAGAUGAAGUAUGAUGAAAGUGACAACGCGCUCAUCCGGGCAUCCCGGGCCCUGACAGACAAGGUCACUGACUUGCUGGGGGGCCUGUUCUCGAAGACAGAAAUGUCGGAGGUGCUCACGGAGAUCCUCCGGGUAGACCCGGCCUUCGACAAGGACCGGUUUCUGCAGCAGUGCGAGAACGACAUCAUCCCCAACGUUCUGGAGGCCAUGAUUUCUGGGGAGCUCGACAUUCUCAAAGACUGGUGCUAUGAAGCUACCUAUAGCCAGCUGGCCCACCCGAUCCAGCAGGCCAAGGCUGUGGGCCUCCAGUUCCACUCCCGCAUCCUCGACAUUGACAACGUUGACCUGGCCAUGGGUAAGAUGAUGGAGCAGGGGCCGGUGCUGAUCGUCACCUUCCAGGCCCAGCUGGUGAUGGUGGUCAAGAACCCCAAAGGCGAGGUGGUUGAGGGUGAUCCGGACAAGGUGCUGCGCAUGCUGUACGUGUGGGCGCUCUGCCGAGACCAGGAUGAGCUCAACCCCUACGCGGCCUGGCGGCUCCUGGACAUCUCCGCCUCCAGUACAGAGCAGAUCCUUUGAGUGUAGCAGCUGCGACAGGAGCUCCAGGGCUGAAUCACGCGGUGGACGCGCAGGGGCAGCACCUGCAGCAACUCUAGACCUCUGGGGACAAGACUGUUUGCCCUGCCCCGAGCUCUGCCAGGGCAGCUGCAUAACCAGCUGGACAGGGAAGGGCUGGCUGCUGAGGGUCCCUGGCGGCUGGAGACGCUCCCAGUGCUGGCCCUUGCACCAUCCCUUUGCCACUUGGGCUGCUGGUGGGCUAGUGGCUGGUCAGGGACACACAGGCCACACAGUGCCAAGAGGCCCUCGGGCUCAGGGUCUCCCCCCAGGGGCAGGGUAGUGGGGCCUGGGCCUUGCUGCUCAGAGAGGCCCUGGCUAUGCCAAGCCAGGCCAUUUUAGGUCUUUUUUAUUUUAACAGUGCUCUUAUUUCCUGUAUGUAAGCCUGAGAUUUGAAAAUAAUAAAACACCAAAGUGCAGAAGA